CUCAUCCUCCCCUCCACAGCAUGUCUCCUCCUCGCUGCCCACUCUUACUGCAUGCUUUCUAAAUUCCCACAACCAGCCUCCAGACUUUGGCCUCUUUUGCCCGGGAGAUGAUGGACAGCAGGAUACUAGAGCACCCUCAUGCCCAGUUUGGAGGCUCUCUUAGUGGGAUGGUGGGCUUUCCCUACCAUUUAAGCCACCAUCAUGUGUACGAGUUAGCCGGGCACCAGCUGCAGUCCGCCGCCGCGGUUCCUUUCUCCAUAGACGGAUUACUGAAUGGUUCAUGCACUGCUUCCGUGGUCAGCUCGAACCCUCUUCUCUCAUCUAGCUGCGGCAUGAAUGGAGAUAACCAGCAGUACAAACUCUCAGAUUCAGGAGAUCCAGACAAGGAUAGCCCUGGUUGUAAGAGGAGGAGAACUCGCACAAAUUUCACUGGAUGGCAACUGGAAGAAUUAGAAAAGGCUUUUAAUGAGAGUCAUUACCCAGACGUGUUCAUGAGGGAAGCCCUUGCGCUGAGAUUGGACUUGGUAGAGUCUAGAGUUCAGGUGUGGUUCCAAAAUCGCAGAGCUAAAUGGAGGAAAAAGGAAAACACAAAGAAGGGACCCGGGCGACCAGCCCACAACUCCCAUCCGACGACGUGCAGCGGAGAGCCCAUGGACCCCGAAGAAAUCGCUCGGAGGGAACUCGAGAGGCUGGAGAAGAAGAAGAGGAAACAGGAGAAGAAACUACUCAAGUCGCAGAACAAACUUUUGUCCGCAGAUCUCUUCCACACUCCCGGAUCGGACAGCGACAGUGGCGUGUCGCAAGUGACGGACAGUGAGCAGGCGACGAACACGGUCAGUUGUGACUCAGCAGGCCGAAACCAAACCGAAUCAAGCUGUGACCAAACGCGACAGAAACCGCAGAGCCAAAGAAACCCGAGCCAAGACGCCGGCGGAUCGGAGCAGGACUCCUCCGACAGCAGUCACCACUCGAGCUUGUACCCCAACAGCAGAGCUUCCGCCCUUCAGAAAUUAAACCCUUUCAGCGUGGAGAGUCUGCUCUCGGACUCCACGCCACGGCGAAAAAGCCCUUUGGAUUUCCCCGCGUUACCCUCCCCACGCCCUCUAAUAGGGAAAGGACAUUUCUUGCUGUAUCCCAUUACGCAGCCGCUUGGUUUUAUUGUGCCACAAACUGCUUUGAAAACAGCGCCGAGCCCCGACGCAUCUAACCCGGGACAGAGAGGCUUACCGACUGAGAGCGGCCCCGCUCAAACAAGCAUCGCAAAUUCUAAUCCGGGACACGUAAACAAAAAUAAGAACUAUAUUAGCAGCAGCAGCAGCAGCAGCUGCAGCAGCAGCAGCACCAGCAGCAGCGGUUGCGAUGCAGCCAACGGUGAGCAGGCCGGCUACCCUGACAGAAACCCGAGCUCUCCUCAGAGUCAAAGCCUUCCCAUCCAAACUACCUUCACCAGAAGUUCUGCCCAGUCCUCGGAUUGCUACAGUGAGGCGCGGAUGCUCCACGCGGAGUCAAACAGCGUCCAGCGUGAGUCAUCAUCAUCAUCACAUUCAGGCACAAAAGAAGACUCAUCACAAGACCAAACAAUGUGCUCCCAGACCACAACUACAAACUGUCCACCAGAAACCACAGACGGCGAAGAUGUCGAUAUGGACUAAAGUGGAAAAAACAAAACAAAACAAAAAAAAAAAAACAACAACAAAAAAAAAAA